AUGACCCAUUCCAAGGGUCUCGAUUCCGCCCAUAUUUGGCUAGAGGACGAUGAUCCCGGGGUGUUUGAGCAAGCCACUAUGGCGUUCUGGAUAGUGGAUGAUAACAUUUCAGCCGUAUUUGAUCAACUCCAAAAAUAUAUGGUGCCUUUUUCAAGGUAUCCGUGGUUCCAUUCUCCACCUAAUUUUGCAUUGCAUUCGUACAAUUCUAACCGGUACUUGUACGGGAAUCUUGUCUACGACGCAAAUGUUAACGAUGAAUGGCUUUUAGUGAGACUUUUAUGGGAAUUUCUGCAAACGGUAGAUUCGUAUAUUUAUUUGUGGGAUUCCACCGAUGGAGAAUUUGUGCUAGUAGAACACUACGAAACAAAGCCAGAAUGGCUCGAGCCUCUGAACUCGAGAAAUAGGUGCUGGUUGCACCAUGGAAAGCUAUAUUUGAGUCAAGAGGACUCUGCCAGGUUGCUGUUGGAAGAGUCUAUCAAGAUGAUAAAGGUUGGUCUUUUCGGUGAAGAAAAGCAGCUUAGUGGCGCUUUUAUAAAGCAAAUGAGUCUGAUAUCGAACUACUAUCUCGAACUAGUUCACGAUAUUCCAGAUAUAAGCUUGACAAAAGAAUUGGCUAGUCAUUUUCAUCUCCAGCCAUGGCUAGCAAGUAGAGCCAUUUUAGCAGCUUCGGAGUCGAAAAGUGUGGUUGAGUCCAUGGAUAUCGAUUCGGGAGAGCUGCCGUAUACUGUGGGCUUGCCGGCGCUUACAAUUGAAAUGGUGAAGUUUCAUAAUACUGGUUCUCUAUCCGAAAUGGUAUCACAGUGGCUCACUUAUGGAUACCAGAUUUUGGUCGAUCGGGGAGUGGUGGGCGACCAGAAACCAAACGAAAAGCAAGGGGCAAGUAGCAUUGAUCUAAGUAGAUCAUCUUACCAGAAAGAGUUGGUGCUGAGAGGUCGACUAAAGGAAAUUGUGCCUGAAAAAUUCGAAUUGUUCAACGACGAAAACUACGAGGCUCCAAUUGAACAUGAAGAGAUUGCCACACAUCUACGGGAAAUGCUCGAGACGACAGGGGAGCUCAGUGACCAGGAAUUGAAUGAAGACGAACCGGAUCUGGACGAACCGGACUUGGACGAGCCCGAUCUCGACGACUUUUUUGAGUACUUUUGCAAGCACGAGCUCAAAUUGUCCGAUGAACAAAUACAAGAGUUUGUCGCCAAAGAGCGGAGAAAACGGGAGUACAACGACGACAGCGACUAUAGGAGUGACUCAGACUAA